AUGGCAUCAAACGAAAAUUCAAAUUACUACGAACUCCUGGGCGUGGGCCGCGGCGCCACGCCUGAGGAAAUCAAGAAGGCCUACCGACGACUCGCCCUUAUCCAUCACCCCGACAAGAACCCGGGAAGCGUGCGGGAGGCGACGGUAAUGUUCCAGCGUCUCCAGGCUGCCGUGGAGACGCUGUGUGAUGUGAGGAAAAGGGCUGCGUAUGAUAGAGAAUGUCGCCAACGAGAGAACAAGAGGAAGAGAGAUGACAGCUGCCGAGAGAGGGAAAGCAAGAGAAGGCGGGAAGAAGGGCAGCACGAGCAGUCACAGAGCCACCACAGAGAAAAGGAGAAUAAGAAGAGAAGGAAGCAGGAAGAAGAAAGGCGCAAGAGGUAUCAGAAGAGGAAACGACGGAAAGCAACGAUUUACAGUUCUGAAGAAGAAGAGGAGGAAGAUCUGCGAGACAAUGUUCCAGAAGAAGAAAGUAGCGAGGAAAGUGAAUGCACGGAAGAGAGUUCGGAUGAAGAGGAAGGUCUGGACAAAGCCUACGAAUAUGACACGGAUUACAAGACGGAAACGGAAGGAGAGACUGAUUCCUUCAGCGACUACGAGUCCGAGGAAUCCUCUGAGAUGGAGACUCCAUCUGGGGAAGAGUCUGACCAGGAGUCUUUCCACGACCAGGACUCCGAAUACGACCCUGAAUCCGAGGAGGUGAGUGAGUCAGACAUGGAGGACGAGAGCGACACCUCCUCUGAGGAAGACAAUGAGGAGCAGGAAGAAGAGGAGGAGGAAUAUGAGGAUGACCAGUCUGAAAGGGAAGAGACCAGUGUGAAAACAGACUGCGAGACAAAGGAAGAGGAAGAGGAUGGGCGAAAUAGCAAGCAGAAACGAAAGAGGAGCAGCGAAGAGGAAGAGGCUGGAAUCAGUAAGAAGAGGCGAGGCUGAGCAGAGACCAAUAGUCACGCGUCUCCCAGAAAAGAGAAGGAUGGGGAAAGAUAUCCCUCGAAGAGAAGAAGGAUAUC